AUGGCUCACCAGCCAUCAGCGGUUAUGGGAAUGACUGGUGCUGGAAAGUCAACCUUCAUUGAGUACUGCACCAAACCACCAGAGCGCCUUUCAGAUGAUGGAUUAUUCUCUUGCACCAGUCGCGUAUCGAUUCAUACCACUGUGAUCCAAGGUCGUACUGUCCACCUGUUGGACACACCUGGGUUCAAUGAUAGUCGGCAGUCUGAUGGCGAAGUAUUACAGGAAUUAGCAUUCUGGUUGACAGCUGCCUAUGAAAGGGACAUCAAACUUAGCGGCAUCGUCUAUCUUCAUUGUAUCACAAACAUUCGUCUCCAGGGCACCGCCGCGCGAGCUUUAGAAGCUUUCAAGAAAAUGUGUGGCAAGGAAGCAUACAAAGGGGUGGUCCUCGCAACAACCAUGUGGAACAUGGUUCCCGUGAAAGAUAUCGCCAAAGCCGGAAUAAGACAUAAGGAGUUUUACGAAAAGAUUCGCCAUGAUGUUAUCCAGGAAGGUGGUAGACUAGUCAGACUAUCAGCUGGCGAGAUGGACGCAAUGAAGAUACUCCAUCAUAUUGUACAAAAGGACCAAAGGUUCACACUCGCCUUCCAGCGGGAGUUAGUAGAUGAAGGUCGACUCAUCUAUGAGACGGAAGCCGGAAACGUCCUCUUUGAUCAUCUGAACGAACGCUUUCAGUCAUUACAAACCAUGACAGAUGAGGCUCAUACACGGAUGGAUGCGAUUGUCAACACCGGGCGAUUGGAAGCCUUGGAUCAGCUCAGCGAUGCUGCUUCUGUGAUGGCUGGAGAUAUGCGAUUGGUAGACGAGGAAAUUAAGCGCACAAAAGUAGCAUUCGGCGACAUUCAGAAGACGUGGGAAGAUAUCAUCCAUCGAGACGAUGAAGGUCUCGUCCUAACCGCACAACGUCUAGAGCGGCAAUUAGCGCUAGAGAGCAGCCGCAAUGAAGACGAUGAGAGUGCUGCAACCGCAAGCGAAGAAAGACCAACAUCCUCACUGAGCGAAGCUUCUGGAAACACCGUCAACAGUACUUGUUCUAGCUGCACAUCCCAAGAGUCCAUGAAGUUGAGGUUGCAGGAGCUCAAUAGAGAACGGCGAGCGCUUGCGAUUCGGAUGGGACAAAGGCUCAGCGGAAGAUACACGGCUCACUCACGAGGAACAACGACAAUAGGCGUCAUAGGCACCACUUUGGCUGCUGGUCAGCUCAUUGCAGCAUUAGCCUGCGUGGUGAUGUGAUGAGAUGGCAUUGAGUGGAGUGGUGGCGCCCGAAAAUCGAGCUCCUUUAGUGUAUUGUCAGAUAUUCACUCUCAUCUGGAAUACUGAUGAAAUAGGUAAUGAUGGUGAUUAUAUUGA